AUGACAUUCAUUUUCCGGACAGUCAAUGUGCUAGAACACUUAAUUCGGCCCGAUCGCGCGUCCCAGCUUCAGACGCACCAGAUUGACCGUGAACUUUCCGCUGGUAGAAGAGUUUCGGGACAGCCGGACGCUGCACUCGAGGAGAGAGCCUACCUUAAUGAUCGGUCGCCGACAGGCAGCAGCUCUGGUGGGCGGGAUUCGGCCGUGUUUCCGUGUCAUUUGCAGCCCUUCCGAGAGGGCCUGGCAACCGGCGACUCUUUAAACGUCUUCAACUCAGACUGGACCGUACUGGCGGUAAAAAACGCGCCCUCAGGCGGCUGACACUGGCGCGGCUGCUUGGCCUGGCGAGGCCAGGCGGAGCGAGGCAAAAAGGACCGAGCGGACAGGAGGCGAGAGGCGAGCGGGCUGUCACGAGAUGACGUUGCAUUUGCCCUCGACCAGCGUCAGUCAGCACAGUCCAGUCCAAGGCUGAGCCAAAUCGGCCCACCAGCAGCCGCCGGCCGAGCAGGGCACUCACACACGCGAGGGGUCAUUCUGCCUGUCCGCCUCACGCCUGUAUGCCUGCCAGGUGUGUGCAUGCAUGCGUGUGUGGCCAGACUGUCAGUGCCCGAGUGGCCUGUGCAAAUGGCAGGCCCAGCUAUCGACGCUGCUCAGCCAAUCAGAUGGCGGCAGGAAGCGGAAUGGCCGCAUGGGCACACACAACAAAUGACCGAGCGCCGCCUGACAGGGCGGCCGACUGGCCUGCCGGCCCAGGGACAGAGCGUGCGACGUGGAGGUGGCGAGAGGGCGCGAGGCCAGACGGCAAGACGCACGCCGGCGAGGCCGGCCUCUCGGGCCUGCCUCAAACACAAUUCAGCCCCGACCCGCGCCAUAACAGGCCCUCAUGAACGCUCUUGUCGUGGAUCCCCUCGAGCCGGAGGCAGCCAGUCCUGCCCGCAAGGGCGACGCGCCCUGAGGCCGUCGACGCCCAGCGCCUCACUCCACCUGCGCUCGUACGGACGCCGCGUGUCGCCGCAUCACACACUCACACCACACACACACACACCAGUUGUGCCACCGCGAGGGCAUGCGAACGCCGGGUGUGUGUGAGGGGGAGGAGGAGGAAGAGGGGGAGGAGGAGACGAGGAGGAGGAGGAGGAGGCGGGGCAGACGUGUCUGUGUGCCAAGGUGACAUCACUUUGUCCCUCACCGGUUCCCCUUUUCACCGACCCUCUUCCGAUCACUCUCGCCAGCUCGCCCAGUCACCUGGCCGGCUCUCUCUCUCGGAUCCGCCCUCUUUUCUCUGUGCACACACACACACACACACGCGCACAAAUUAGACAGACUCUUAGACACACGCGUGUGCAGGCCGUGCGGGCCGAAAUCGACCCGCGGCAGUCCAGCCUAGGCCGGGGCGAUGAACAGCAGCAUCAGCGCGCGAGCAGCCGUGGCAAGGAGCCGCCUUGUCGGAUAAGUCGUCGGUGUUGUUGUGUUUGUUGUGGCCUCUGCGCGCCCAGCCCUCGCACACGAGACUGCUCGGCCGCCUCGUCGCUCGGACCUAGUCGGCAUGCCUGGCGCGGCCGCGUCGGCCGCCGUCUCGUCGUGACGCCGAUUGGCCGCGCCACUCGGUCGCGCGUCGCCGCGAUGCCUCGCCGCGCCUGGCGCCUGUUGGUGGCGCUCGUCGCGUUGCUGGCCGACUUGUUGGCGUCGGGCGGCGCCAACGAGCCGCCGCUCAGUCUGCACCUCGAGAUGCAGGAGGACGUGGCGCCGCUCACGGAGCUCGGCUCAGUGCGCUCUCGGCUGCCCAGUCAUUUGGGCCGAGAUUUGCGCUUCUACACAAACGACAAGUUUUUCAGCGUCCUACCCAUGACCGGCGACAUUCGAGUCGCUCGCGCCAUCGAUCGCGAG